AUGUCAGACCCUUUUUCCGAGCCAGGGUCCAGUUCUUCCCAGGAGGACUGUCCGAAAAUUUCCUUUAUGAUACAUACCACGUCAUGUUCAGGCCCAGAUGUCGAGGCCUCUUCUACUCUUUCCUUUGAGACAAGUGGUCAAGGCCAGGCAUUGAGUCCAGAUGAAUGUGACAUCACCAGUUCGUUUCUGAGUUUCUCCGUGUCAAGUUCAUCACCAGCCUCUAGGGAGGUACUUCAGGUUCCCAAGCCAAAGAGCCAUCUCACCACUUCAUUUCUGUCCGUUUCAAGUCUAAGCUCACCAUCCAGGGACUUGUUUACUUCUCAGAGGCUAGUCCCUCACCGUUCUUCAUGUGGGUCUCUUCCUCAGCAACUCCAGAAAUAUCUCCAGAACUUUCAGCUAUCCACGAAGCAGCUCCUGAGAAUAAAAGACUCCAUGCUGGCAGCCUUGGAGAAAGGCCUAAAAAAACAGCCUCGAGAUGAAGCAGGUGCUUUACCCAUGGUGCCCACUUAUGUUUGUUCCUUGCCUGAUGGCACUGAGAGAGGAUAUUUUCUGGCUCUAGAACUGACCCAGACUCAGGUGGAAGUCUUGCUGUUGCACCUGAUGGGUGAAGAGAAGCAGAAGGCCAAGCUGAAAACGCAGUCCUUUCCGAUCCCAGCAGAGGUCAUUACUAAUAAGGGGGACAAGCUUUUUGAAUACUUGGCCCAAUGCCUGGCCAGAUUUUUGGAUGACAUUGACACCAAUGAGAAAUACUUUCCACUGGGCUUCUCUUUUCCCUUUCAGUGUGAACAUAAUUCACUGAACCAGUGUAAGCUGGUUGCAUGGACAAAGGAUUUCCACUGUACAGGUGUGGUGGGUGAGGAUGUGGCACAACUGCUCCAAACAGCCUUAAAAGAACACUGCAAGAACUACUGCAUUGAGGUCUUUGCUGUGCUGAAUGACACUGUGGGAGUCAUGGUGAGCUGUGUUUGUGAAGAGCAGCCCUGUGAGAUUGGGCUGAUCAUAGGUGAUGGCACUAACUGUUGCUACAUGGAACAGACUGAGAACAUAGCAGGCAUGGAGAGCCAAGUGGGGCGCAUGUGUAUAAACACCCAAUGGGGCUCUUUUGGACAAACUGGAGAAGUGGAUGACAUAGUGACAGAGUUUGACCAGUUAAUGGAUAAAGCGUCUCUUAAUCAAGGCCUUUGCAGAUAUGAGAAGCUGAUCAGUAGUUUGUACUUGUGUGAGACUGUCCGCCUUAUUCUGGCUACUCUGUCCGAGAAGGGUGAGCUCUUCAGUGGGAUCUUGACUCCCAGCCUGAUGACCAAAGGGAUAAUGAAGCUCCAAGAUAUCUUGGAUAUCAUAGAUGAAAAGGUCGGCCUGGCCAAAACCAAGAACUUCCUGACUCGCCAGGGACUGGUGCCAAGCAACCAAGAUUGUACCCUUGUGCAGCACAUCUGUCAAACUGUGUUUGUCCGCUCUGCCAACCUUGCUGCUGCUGGACUGGCUGCCAUCAUUACUCACAUUCGAAUUUCUCGAAAACUGUCACAUCUGAAUAUCAGUGUAGCUGUGUCUGGGGGCAUGUACAGGGGCCAGACUCAGUAUCGUGAGAUAAUGCAAGAGAAAUUGAAAUCCCUCGCUCCUGAGUGUACCCUCGCCUUUGUCUCAUCCGAAGGCAGUGCUACAGGGGCUGCCCUGGUGGCAGCUGCAGCCUUGAGGCUUAGAAGCCGGCAGGAGCAGAUGUCUGGAAUCCUGGCACCCUUGCAUCUUUCUACAGGGGACCUUGAGAAAAUGCAGAGCCAGAUGAGAUUGGAGAUGGAAAGGGGCUUGUCAAAGGAGACACACAGUGUAGCCACUGUCCGCAUGUUGCCUACUUUUGUCCGUCAUUUGCCUGAUGGCACUGAGAGAGGGGAAUUCCUGGCCCUGGAUCUGGGUGGAACCAAUUUCCGAGUGCUGAUGGUGCAAGUGAGAAGCCCAGCGGAGGGUGGUGUCUCCAUAACCAGUGAGAGUUAUACCAUUCCAACUAAAGUGGCCCAGAGUACUGAUGUAGAGCUCUUUGAUCACAUUAUUGGCUGUAUUGUGGAUUUCCAGGCCAAGCAUGGCAUGCAAGAUCGCGUACUGCCACUGGGCUUCACUUUCUCCUUUCCUUGCAGUCAGUUAGGCCUGGACAAGGGCAUCUUAUUGAGAUGGACCAAGGGCUUCAGUGCCAUGGGCUGUGUAGGGAAAGAUGUCGUGGAGUUGCUGCGGGAGGCCGUAAAACGUAAACAGCACUUUGAUCUAAACGUGGUUGCCAUAGUGAAUGACACUGUGGGAACCAUGAUGUCAUGUGCCUAUGAGGAUCCCAAGUGCGAGAUUGGCCUCAUUGUUGGAACAGGUACCAAUACUUGCUAUAUGGAGGAAAUGCAGAAUGUGGGCACUGUGGAGGGUGACGAGGGAAGAAUGUGUAUCAACAUGGAAUGGGGGGCAUUUGGGGAUAAUGGCUGCCUUGAAUAUGUGAUGACAUCCUAUGACAAGAAAGUGGAUACAGCAUCCAUCAACCCUGGCCAACAGAGGUAUGAGAAGCUCAUCAGUGGCAUGUACUUGGGUGAAAUUGUGCGCUAUAUUCUGCUGGAUCUAACAUCCCGCAAGAUCUUAUUUCAAGGCCAACAGCCAUCUGUGCUUAAGACCAAAGACCUCUUCCCCACCAAAUUGAUAACAGCCAUUGAGAAUGGUAGCCAAGGCCUGCAGGAGACGCGUGCUGCUUUGGAAGAGAAGGGACUUCUGAUAUCUGCAGAUGAUGCCCAACUGGUGAAGGAGGUGUGCCACACUGUGUCCACCCGUGCUGCUAAAGUAUGUGGAGCUGGACUGGCUGCUGUUGUGGAGAAGAUCCGAGAGAAUCGGCAGCUGGAGAAGCUGGAGGUGACCAUCGGAGUGGAUGGGACUCUUUACAAGAUGCACCCUAACUUUGCAAGACAGCUUCAGGAGACAGUGGCUCUUCUGGCUCCAAAAUGCCAAGUCAAAUUCCUGCAGUCAGAAGACGGCUCGGGAAAGGGAGCUGCACUGAUUGCUGCUGUGGCCAACUUCAAAAAUGCACAACACCCCACUUAG